AUGAAAGUACUCUGUUCUUUAAUAUCCUUCUUUUUCGCAACCUUUGUUGUCACUGCUGCUGCUAUCAAGGGUGAUGCUUUCCAACAAGAGUUCAAUGAGUUACUUACCGUGCUUGAGUCAUACAACGACACUCUGGUGCUCAAAAGAGAUUAUGCGCCACUUACUUCAGCUUUAACAGCAUUGAACAAAUCUGGACAAGGCGUUCAAAUUGCACAUACGAUGUAUAGUAGUAAAGCCACCCAAUCAACAGUUAUCAAUGUAGUAGAGGACUACAUUAAGGCAACCACUUUAACCCAAAUUUUGAAAGAUUCUGAUGAUUCCGACAUGUCCGUGGAUAUAGUCAUGAUCCUUUUCACCAAUUCUAAUAUGAUUCCUGGUUUAACUAAAAUCAUUAAGACUCUCCAUGAUAAUGGCGUUUUAUCAUUUUCGUUAAAGAAAAGAGGGCUACUAGAUGGUAUCCUUGGAAAAUUAAAUAACAUAUUCACUUCUAUUCAAAACGAGUCCAUCCAAACUAUUGUGAAGUUAAUGAAUGCCGUGACCGACUCGGAAGAUAUUUAUGAAUCGUUGGAAAAAUCAGGGCUUUUUAUUUCCUUGUUUGAAGAUAUUGUCACUACCACCGAUGGUCAAGCUUUUUCAGUCAAUUUAGUUACUGAUAUAAUCAAUAAGGAUGUUAUUACUUGGUCCCUGUUGAUGAGUGCCGUGAACAGUUCUGCAAUUAUUGCAAACACAACUUCCAAAUUAUUCACCAACGCUACUAAUAGACAGAUUAUUUUCCAUUGGAUCUCAACUAAUGGUCUUAGUGUUCUUCUUGAAAUUUUAAAAGCAUUAUUUUAA